AAGACACGUAAACUACAUACCUAGCUCUUCCCUCCCCCUUUGACGCUAUCUACCUCUCCAGUAGCUACCAAAAAACACCAAGCAAUCACAUCAUCUAAAAGAUGAUCAGGUCAACACAGAUAGCCCGAUUGGGCGACGCAAUUCAGGCUUGAUGCUCUGCGCAUCCGUUGAUGAUGAACCGUCAGAAUCCUCCCUCUCCGAAGUCAAGUCGCAAACGAAAAUCAUACUACGACGACUAAACCGCAACGCCGAACCCCAAGCCAGCAUCGAAAGCGGCAACUACACAAUCCACUACCUCAUCGCCAACGACAUAAUCUACAUCUGCAUCAGCGAGCGGUCGUACCCGCGCAAGCUAGCCUUCACGUACCUCUCGGACCUGUCGGCGGAAUUCUCGCAGACGCACCCGGCGCACCAGCUGCACUCGCCGUCGCUGCGGCCGUACGCGUUCAUGGACUUCGACACCUUCAUCGCGCGCACCAAGGCGCUGUACGCCGACGCCCGCGCCGCCCAGGGCCUCGGCCGCCUCAACGACGAGCUGCGCGACGUCACCAAGGUCAUGACCAAGAACAUCGAGGACCUGCUCUACCGCGGCGACAGCCUCGAGCGCAUGGGCGAGAUGAGCUCCCGCCUGCGCGACGACAGCCGCAAGUACAGGCGCGCCGCCGUCAAGAUCAACUGGGACCUGCUCAUCAAGCAGUACGCCCCCAUCGGCGUGUUCGGCCUGAUCGUCCUAGUCUUCGUCUGGCUUCGGUUCUUCUGAUGGAGUCUGUCAUGGAAUCGGUUACCGGUGGCUGGCUGGCUGGCUGGCUAGUGAGGAAAGGAGAGUAAGAAACGAGAAACGAGAAACUAGGUACGUAGAGUCCUAGACCGACUUAUGUGUAUACAUACAUACAUGCAUACCUGCACAUACAUACCUCAUACGCAGACAUGUAUCAACCAACGAAGCAGUAUGAGAGAGAGGGUUAGGGGGUGGAGCGAGUACGAGUUCGAUGAUCAAAAAUGCAUCGAUUGAACUCAAUUCAAGUAGUGCAGUAGCUUUAGAUACCUUUACUACACCGUUCAGGGGAGUCUUGAUGAGAAUAGCUCCCUAACGAACAUAUAGUCUUAAUAUCCAAACUAAUCAGACCAACUCUAGAGAACUCUCUAACUUAUGAAACUGAGUUCCUUUUCUUUAGCU